CACCGUCAAAAUGGUUCUCCUUUUAGCAAUAUAUAGCCGUCAAAAGAGAAUAUAAACAGAGUAAAAGAAGGCACUGUUUUUGUCAGUUGGAACCUGAAUUCUAGUAAGGAUCACAAAGAAAUCCCUUAAUGACAAAUCAGUCCUCUUCUUCUCCUUCUCCAAUUCUCUGUGCUUCUUUCAACCAGGAUUACAGUGGAUUUUCAAUUGGAACACGAGAUGGAUUCAAAAUAUUUGAUUCUGAUAGUGGAAGACUUUGUUAUGAUAGAGCUAUGGGAGCAUUUAACAUUGUAGAAAUGAUGUUCGGCUCAAGUCUACUUGCCAUUGUAGGGGCAGGAGAGCAGCCAUCAUUAUCUCCGCGACGGCUAUGUCUUUUCAAUACUAAAACUGGAGCUGCAGCUAGAGAACUAAAUUUCUUGACUUCAAUCCUUGCUGUUCGUUUAAAUAUGAAAAGGCUCAUCGUCUUAUUGCAAGAUAAGACUUACAUAUAUGAUCUGAAUAGUCUUGCUAUACUGGAUACCAUAGAUACAGUGUCAAAUCCAAAGGGACUUUGUGCAUUCUCCCCAAAUUUGGAAAGCUGCUACUUAGCUCUUCCUGCGAGUACGACAAAAGGGUCUGUGCUGCUUUAUAAUGUAAUGGAACUCCAGUCGCAUUGUGAGAUAGAAGCUCAUCGCUCACCAUUGGCUGCAAUCGCCCUUUCAUCCAACGGAUUAUACAUAGCAACAGCUUCUGAGCAGGGAACCAUAAUCAGAGUACAUCUGGUUACUCAAGCAACUAAGUCUUAUAGUUUUCGGAGGGGAACCUAUCCGUCAGCCAUAUAUUCCCUCUCAUUUGGGCCGUCAAUGCAGCUUCCAGAUAUACUGGUUGCCACAAGCUCAUCAGGUUCUGUGCAUGUUUUCUCUCUUGCAUUCAUGAUAAACCAAAGAAGCAAAAGAUCUAGCAGCCUUCUUGGAUCAGUGAUUCCAAAUAAAAUAAAUGAUGCUUUUGAACCUGCCCAUCAUUAUGUUCUUCCCAAUGCGGUCCCAGCAGGAGUAAAAAGUUAUGUAAUGAUCCGAGGUCGAGGUGCAGACACAGUUGCAGGCAUAUCUCCUCUAUCGCAGGCUGUCAUUUCCCAAGCUUUGAUUACUAUAAUCACCUUCAGCGGAUACUUUCAACAAUACAAGUUUAGUAUCAACCAUGCAAACAGCGGCUCAUGGAGUUUGGAACGCGAACUAAAUCUACUAACUGCUAUUAUAGAUAAUGUCUCGUAAGUUAUCAUCAGUAUGACAUUCUUUACCUUUAACGGCACAAUGUUGCUUGACAUGCAUUUUUGAUUAAACUUAAAUUAGCAAGUAAGAAUUAGACUUACUUGCUUUUUUGCUUGACAUGUAACCACGGACAUACAAAGCCAAGAGAAGUAAGAAUUAGACA